GGCAAGGGAGACUACCGAGUAGCGGAGCGCCAAGAUGGAGUACGAGUGGAAACCCGACGAGCAGGGGCUUCAGCAGAUUCUACAGCUGCUCAAAGAAUCGCAGUCCCCGGACACUACAACGCAGAGAGCCGUGCAACAAAAACUGGAACAACUCAAUCAGUAUCCAGACUUCAACAACUACCUGAUAUUUGUUCUUACAAAGCUAAAAACUGAAGAUGAACCAACUAGAUCACUGAGUGGUCUUAUUUUGAAGAAUAAUGUCAAAGCUCACUUUCACAACUUUCCUAAUGGAGUAACUGACUUCAUUAAAAGUGAGUGCUUAAACAAUAUUGGUGAUUCCUCUCCGCUAAUCAGAGCCACUGUAGGUAUCUUGAUUACAACCAUUGCCUCAAAAGGAGAAUUGCAGAACUGGCCUGAACUUUUACCAAAGCUUUGUAGCCUGCUUGAUUCUGAAGACUACAAUACUUGUGAGGGUGCAUUUGGAGCUCUUCAGAAGAUCUGUGAAGAUUCAGCUGAAAUCUUAGACAGUGAUGCUUUAGAUCGUCCCCUUAAUAUCAUGAUCCCUAAGUUUCUACAAUUCUUCAAACAUAGCAGUCCAAAAAUAAGGUCCCAUGCAGUUGCUUGUGUCAAUCAGUUUAUCAUCAGUAGAACUCAAGCCCUUAUGAUGCACAUUGAUGGAUUUAUUGAGAAUCUGUUUGCAUUGGCUGGGGAUGAGGAGCCUGAAGUACGUAAAAAUGUUUGUCGGGCUCUGGUAAUGUUGCUGGAAGUUAGAAUGGACCGUUUACUUCCUCAUAUGAUUAGUAUUGUUGAGGUAACACUUUGCAUGUAUUUUUUUUAA